UUAAAAAAUAGGAGAAUUAUACAGAGUGUUUCGAAAGUGUUCGCCUGAUUUCAUCGCGUUGGAAUUCCAAAUUCUUGAUUGUCCACGGAAUUUGGUCAAGUUGAAGAAAAUCAAGGGAAAACAAUUCGUCGUGGAGAAUCGGGGAGGAACCGUCAACCUGGAGGCCACGUGUCCUAAACGACGGAAAUGUGAGGCCGACGGGAAGGAGACCAAGACCGAGCUGGCAGCGCAGCGCAAUAUGUUCCCCAGCGCUCAAAUAAAAAUGAGAUUGCUAUCGCCAAGCAGUUCGCCAGCAACGUCGCCAACGAUGUCGAACUCCUCCUCGCCCACUCCUCCGACGCCCGCGGCCCCCGCCUAUAACCAAAAAAUGACGGGAAUCCCCUGCGUCGCUGCAGCCUCGAGGUACACGGCUCCUGUCCACAUUGACGUUGGCGGGACGAUUUAUACCUCAUCCCUCGAAACCCUGACCAAGUACCCAGAAUCGAGAUUGGCAAAGCUGUUCAACGGUAGUAUACCGAUUGUUCUGGACUCGCUUAAGCAGCACUACUUCAUAGACCGAGACGGUGGGAUGUUCAGGCACAUUUUAAACUUCAUGAGAAAUUCCCGACUGCUCAUACCCGAGAACUUUGCAGACCUGGAUCUUCUCCUGGAAGAGGCCCGGUACUUCGAGAUUGCACCAAUGUGCCGGCAGCUCGAGCUGAUGAAGAAGGAGCGCAUAAAAAACGGGGGAACGGGCUCUUCGCCGAGCCCGACGCCGACACAGCCCAACUGUGGAAGCGGAGGCGGGCCACAAGGAGUCAGAGACUCGGAGAAGCGGGGGAGCGACUCCUACGAGUGCGUGGCACUCCACGUCAGCCCGGACCUGGGUGAACGGGUGAUGCUAUCGGGCGGUCGAGCGCUCCUCGACGAGGUCUUUCCGGAAACUACCCAGGCGGUGAUAGAUGCGCGUUCAGGGGUCGCCUGGCACCAGCAGGAUGCACGACACGUGAUCCGAUUCCCCCUGAAUGGCUACUGCAAGCUGAACUCGGUACAGGCGAUCACGAGGCUGCUGAACGCGGGGUUCCGGGUCGUCGCUAGCAACGGAGGUGGCGUCGAGGGUCAGCAGUUCUCCGAGUAUCUAUUCGUCCGGCAGUCAGUGAAUACCUGACAAAUCUCUUCGCCACCCGCGAGCCGCUACAAAUCGGCUGAUUCGCAAAACCGAUAGCCAAGUCCCGCGGCACCGCGAAACGCGGGUUGCCGUCCGCCAGGCGCGAGCCCAUUAGGCAUCUCGCUGUGAGGUAUGCGCUGCUUAUUCUCCGCGGCGAAUAAUUGCACACUCUAGCGCAACGGUGCCGUGUUAUUUUCCUCGACUGUAAUUCGCGCAGUACCACCAGCUAUUUGGAUUACACAAUUCGGUACAGCCACGGCGCAAGUAUACAGUGCACCGCAAUUAGGUGAUAAAAUUACAUUCUUACCUCCCGUUGAGCGCUGUGCAGGGAUGUUUCAUUGCGCGCGGUCUCGUCGAACGCGGCUCAUUUAGCUGUGAGGAGUGAAAAUUGUUUUCUCUUUUGCGCUGGAAAACCGUGGAUAUAUAAGUAUCGGCUGUACGCUAGAAUAGUUUCGGUUAUUUAUUUAUUAUAAUAAUUUUUGCACACGCUGGAACGAUCAAUGAUGAGAUUAUUUUGCAUAAGUAUUGUAUUUUUCAUAGGGUUUUUGUUAUCCACGUCUUCAAAUAUUACGUGUCAUGGUUCGUUUCUACACCCUCAACUGUUAUGCAUUUUUAUCAAGUACAAGAUCUUCAAUCGAUGCGAUUGUCAUUCGCCUUUGAAACUUCUCGUGCUGCAAAUGUUAUACGCUUUUCUCACACUAUCGGGAAUAGUUGUAACAACCGAGCUACAUUAAUUUUUGUGACGAAUACCAUGAUCCCCACGGGUGGAAAUGAAAAGACUGUGGGUAAGGUAUAUACGGUGAUAAAUUAUUGUAUGAAAUCAUACUUUGUAUUUCUAUACUCAUUAUUGUUAUUGUCAAUUAGUUUUACAACCACAAUCCAGGAUUUAUAAGUACUAUAUUCAAUUUCUUGCUCUCAUUACUUCAUUUUUAUGUAUUUAUGAUAAUUUACACUUAUUAUUCUAUACCGCAUAUCUGUAUUCAAAUAAUGCUAUCAGAGAAUGAAAUACAAGAUAAGAAAGAAAAACAAAAUUCUAUUGUACAUAUUAUACUUGUGUACUUGUAUAUUAUACAUUCUGAGUAUUGUUCUAAACGUACUUAUAAUUAUACUAUAGGUAAUUAA